AUGUCCCGUCCCAGCCGCCGCACCAGAAACAAGAUCGAGUUUGUCCCUCGCGCUCGCGAAAUCGAGCACACUGGUGGUCGCGACCUCGGGCCCUUCGAAGACGACUCAUUGCCGAUGAGAAGACCAAUGCGAGAGUUGCAAGACUGGGGCAAUGUUUCAGUAGACCACUUGGCUCUCUCGAUUCGCUCUCAGCUAUCAACCGAGCUGGCGUAUGCGCUUACCACCAUCACAUUUUUCUCAACAAUGCGUGGUGACACACCAAACCAGGGCUUCCCCAUCGGUCAAUGCUACGAACUGUUAGAUGAUAUGUUGGACGUGUUGGAAGAUAGGGCCUUUGGUGGUGCAGAGGACGAUUUUUCCGCGAAGGAUUACGUCAUGGCUACACACAAAGAGCUUACGACGGCACACGUCGACGCCGAAAAUGAAACCUUUGCCAGUUUGCAUCCACGCCAGGGCUCCAAAUACCCAGAUGUCGGCCCACUCCAACGACCAGGGAAUACGGUGCUGGCUAUCACCAAUAUCCUCCGCAAUCUUGCUCUGAUUCCUGACAACCACCAGUUCUUGGUGAAGCAGGAGCGAAUGUUCGAUAUUCUGCUACGACUGUGUUCUGUCACGAGGAAAGACGGAACACUUGUGGCUUCCUCCCAUAUAUUGUCUCUUAUCGACUUGAUAACUGUUCGACGGGAUGUUCUCUCUACCUUGAUGCAUCUCUGUAGUCCCAACACUCCUGCACACACCCAAGGAAUCGUUCUUUCGGAUGCAUCUUCCCAGGUCGUAUUGCGAAUAGCAUAUCGAGCCUUCCAUUUACUCGCUUCUUUCAUCGUCGACCCUAAGGAAGCAGUUUCGCCGCUAAGCUGGAUCCAGGUGGGGGGCAGUGUAAACCGACCGCCUUUGGCUGCCGAUAUUGCUCUCGAAACGUUCACUCGAUUGGCUCAGGAAGAUCCGACACGCAAAGUACUCUCCCAAAUAAUACCUCCUGCCUCUAUUCGACGUUUCUUUACGGCCUGUCUACAUCGUCUGCCAGUUGCCGACCAAGACUUUCAAAUCCUCGCUCGGGAAGGCUGGUUGGGAUAUACUGAAAAAAUUAUUAUGACCAUCUAUGAGCUAGCCUUCAUUGCUCCACCCAGCUUAAAGCGCAGUCUCAAAGCGGAUCGCAAUCUAGGCUUCAGAUCCGUCAUGCUUCGCCUCGUGCAGAAGUUUUUGACUAUCCCAGCCGUUGAAAUGAGGGCACACUUCUCGAUUGCUGUGCGGCGAGCUGUGGAAGCCAUGAAGGUGUUGGAUGACGGUGAAGACUUGUUUGACACCUCCGAGGUGACGGUGACAACGCUUUCGUUUGGUAUGGGCUAUGGGGAAGGUGCCGAAAGCAAUCAUGAACGAGGGACAGGGUUACUGGGGGGCCAUCGUGAGUUGACUUGGGAGCUUUUGAUGCAGAGAGAUGUGUUGAGGGAUGUGGUACUUUUCAACGAGCUGGAAAGUUACUAUGUAGCACGUGUUCGGAAACUGACGUCUCUUUCCCUCUCUGCUCCGACUAUCAUGACUGACCCUGCCCCUCCGCCAAUUUACUCGCAACAAGACGGUUCCGACACUAGCUCGGCUUCAGAUGUUUCGCUGGACCCACAAAUACUCAUUAUCUCAAGCUCUGAUACGAUGAACUUCCAAAAGGGAUACCUUGGCGCAGACGAUGAACGGGCGGCCAUCGAGGGAGAAAUUCAAAUCAAGGGUGCCGAGUCUACGCUUUCGCUUCGUUCUCUCGAAACAGCGUAUGACCGGCAAAUCGAGCUCGGGUUUGCUCAAGUCGUAUUGUACACCUCAGUCGACGACUCCCCUUUGCCUUCCUCGCUGCUGUUUGCAAUACCAUUGAUGGAGGACGCACCCCAAUCGCUGCGAACACCGCAUUCUUCCAUAACUCAUACGUUAACUGCCACCCUUGAUCCAUUGGACGCGUCUCUAUCACCAAUUUCUGAAGCCCUUGUCGUCCACACAAAACGCUAUACCUCGCAUUCACAUUCGCUGGAUCCUUCUCCCGAAACCCACACUCUGACCGAACCCACCCGGGUGCAAGUCCAAGUUCCGCGCACUACUUUCAUCGCAGGCGAAAUUGUCCCACUAUAUGUGACCAUUCCGCCUCCCCCUCGUGCUCUCGUUGUGGACCAAGGUCUUCGGUUGAGAAACGUGAGGAUCGAGUUGUUGCGUAUCGUCCAAGUCACGGGGAAUGAUGAAUACGAGGCUGACUCUUCUGGGCCUUCGACUGCCACAACGCCACCAGCCCAAUCAUCAUCAUCUUCGAAAGCCCCUGCGAGCCCUGUCUCGUCUUACCAGACUGUGAUCGCUCGUUCCGGAGCAUCAUGUCGUUUCCACUCCUCUAGACCAGUUAAAUUGCGGUUUCUCCUUCACCAACCCGCACCGUCAGAGUCUCCUCUAGACGCCCAUAGCAGUCUGCCUACAGAGUUUGGCCUCAUGGAAUCGGAUGCUGAAUGCGCAUCUAUCACGCAAUUGACGCUGCUCCAUUCGGUCACCUUCCAGCUCAACAUCCACACUUCAUUUGUGGAUAUGAGCAGCCAUACUGAGCGUGUCUCAACUAUUUCUAUUCCAGUCAUCAUCCUCGCACCACCUGCCCCACUGCCUGAAGUGGCCCCUUCGAUGGAUGCUGCAUAUAGCAAAAAACACGAUCGACCACCAGCCAGAACGGUCCGUUACGAAGAUUCAGACCACUCUGCCCCUCGAUAUUCUCUCGGAGAGGCUGGUCCCAGUGCCGCACCGCCACCGUUUGAAGAGAGAGACGCGCCGCCGCCAUUUUUCCCUUCCGCAGCAGAGGCGUCCAGCUCAUCGCGACUGCCUACUUUUCUCGAGUCAGAAAACGAGUUUAUCAUGCCUCCAAGCGACAACCAUUCCACCCUGCCGCCCACUGAUCCCACUGUUGUGGGCGAAGGCACGCAGUUUGGAUUUUCUGCUGGUGAGCAAUUUGACGGACACUCGGAGGACAUGCAGCGGUCGUCCACACCGCCUCCAACGAUGGAAAUGGCGAGUACCGUGCACGAGUCUGAGCAAGCAACUGGAGAAGCCAACGACCUUCCGCCUCCCCCUCCCGCUUUGGAUGAUCCGUCUGAUCCGCCACCGUCAAUCGACUCUGAAUUCAGGUCUCCAGACCACCCACCUUCCCCUCCCUCUGAACCACCACCCUCUUCACCAGUUCCACAAGCAGCUGAACUCCGGCCUGCAGAUGUCCAUGCCCCACCUCCCUAUCUGAUCCCAGAACAGCAUGCCACACCGCCACCAUAUGUGGACUGA